AGCGUGCCUGACGCUGGUCUCCAAAGGACUAUGUGUGUGCAUCAGUGCGCGCGCUACACUUUGAAUGUUUCGUGCUCUGAAACGUCGUAAAAACGAAGUCCUGCCCGGCCGGAUCUUCUAGUUAUUCGAUCCCCUGUUCGUGCCUGGGAUUAUCUCAUCUCAUUCGCCCAGUUCCCUUCUCGGACGACUGAACAGCCACAGUUGCGCAAGUCGGCGAAGCUCCGUGUCGUCUGAAACCCAGCUCUCGCGGCUCACUUGAGUCAUAGCGUGAGUCACCCGAAGAAAAAACCACCGCUGCUGUUAGCAGUCGUUGCCUCUAUAGGUGCCUCUAUCGUUAUCUCUCAUCCCUCGCCCUUUUAUCUCUGCUAUCUCAGUGUUUGCAGAGAUUACGCGGGGCUUUGUAAGGAACGACGCCAAGCUUCGUGUGCGAAACUUUUUUUUCUGCUCCAUUGUUGCGGAGAGCAUCACCUCUGCGCGAAGAGCGUGCGCUUCUUUCGUCUCAAACUAUCGAGGCAAAACGGAACUUUCCCGUGGCUCGUCCAAUCGCUAGUGCGAGUGCUCUCAAGAGUGUUUUUGAAUGCUCGUGCGAUUCGUAAACCCAUCGUGCUAGCCGUUUCUGUGAUAACGGCGUCCGGAGACGCGAACGCUUCAUAUGGCAGUGCAACUUGCGUCCAAUUGAAGAUCUGCUACAGUGCGUGCGACAGUGUUGUCUACCGUCAACCUGUUGGGUGUUUACUGUUCUGCUUGUAUAGCUUGUCUUUGAGAAGGAGAUGGUGCGUUCGAUUUUGUGCAUUCGAGUGGACGAACCGUGCGCGGUGUGCGAGUGCGGCGUGUUCUGAUUGGUCUAUCGUUUUCUUCGAGGCACAUUCGACGCUGACGUGCGCGACGUACUUUGCGUCGUUGCCAACUUCAGUGUGACCAAUUGCAGCGUCGAACGGCCUUCAGUACGUGUAUCUCGCACAUGGCGCGAGCCUCUCUACGUGUCUGAAGGUGUGCGAGUUGUGGGAACCUCUGAAAUAACGUCGGAAUGUAGUGGCUCGGGCGCGAGGUUGAAGAACGAAAAAUGCCCUAGGUGCCGGCGAGGCCAUGAAGCGCUUGGAUAUUUGCGUUUAAGCCUUAGGGGACCUGACCAAGUUCAGCCAACUGAAGGAGCACUACCGGACGCGCUACGAGCAUGCCAACUGCCUGUUCACGCCGGACUCGAGGCCCCAACGGGUGCGCCAGCUGUACGAGCUCGCGGCGGCCACGCCGGCCCUGCACGUGAUUCGAGACGUCGUCGCAGACGAUGGGAGCGGCGCCGAGGACUCGCCCCGCAGACUGUUCCUCUGCAUGCCCGUCUGGGGCGACGCCUCGCGAGCAAGGAACGUACUGGACAUCGAGACGCGAAGGCCUGCGAGCUUGGUCACAGCUGGCCAAGAUGCGCGAGACAGUGGAGGUGAGGAGCCAUUGAUGCUACCAUCUCCCGAGGAGAAAAUGCACGCUUUGUCCUUGGAGUACCCACCCGUUGUGGUUCCCAUCGACACAUCGGAAAGCAGUUUCAACCGCUUGUCAUCAGUGCGGAGGUCUUUGAUACACGUUGACUUCCUUAUCAAGCGCAAGAAGCAUCACAAGAGGCGAAACACAAUCUCGGACGGGAACUCCAAAGAAAUCGCAGAGGCGCUCACCAGCCGCAAGAAGUCUGGCACGUUGGUCAAGACCGAAGCGCUGAUCCACAGCUCGUGCCAAACCGACGACGACCUGCUUCAGGCGGCAACUGGUGCCAAGUCUAGCGGACGAGGAGGCGGUGGUGCCUCCGGAAAACGCCGUCCCGAGGAGAGUCCCUCUUCUGGGGAGCUCUCAUCCUCAUCAUCCACGACGACCGAGACGAACGUCAACAGCAAACCGGAGAAGCGGCUAUCUUUCUACGAGGCCAUGAACUUCAGCAGGCUCAGCCGCGACUGGAAGUUCCUGAAGAAAUCCGGCAAGAAUAAAGAGGUGGACAGUGGAAGCCACGGUGGGACGGCAAAAAACGAGACAGGCAGGGCCACGGAGAGCGGCACGUCCACUGGCGGGAGUGAGAAGAAGAAGCGGUCGUCCCUGCUGCCCAUAUCGACCAACUCUGGCGCAAUGACGGUGGCUGUGAAGCUGCGUCAGACAUCGGCCCGGGUGUCGGCGAAGGGCGGCGAGGAUGGCCAGUCAUCCAGCGGGAACUGGAGUGCCAGCAGUAGCACACGAGCCUCUGUAGAUUCAGACCAGCACCAUUCUUCGGGGCCAUCCCCUGACACGAUCCCGCACAGCCACUCGGAAAGCUCUCUGGGCAGAGACUCACUCUUCUCGGACAACACGCAUCACAGUACCGAUGGGAGGUCUCAUGACGGGACAACCCCAGGUUAUACAUCGGAUGUCUCCGUUGCCCUGACCACAACAACACUGGCAUCAUCUUGGAAGCACCCUGGCCAGGGCCCACUGACUACCCGCUCUAACAUGAACUCCACCUCGACUGAUCAAGAAAGCCACUCAGGCACCAUAACACCUGAAGCCUGUCAUUCCGAUUCCAAAUCGUCUUCUUCACCCGUAACGCGAAAGAUCAGCGUCGGCUCAGAUCCAUUUACUAAUCCCAUCGACGACGGCGACUCCUCGGUGUACUCAGUCGACACCGAUGGUUAUUACACCUCAAUGCACACUGACAGCGGUCUGAAGCAUGGCCUUGCCAAGUUUCCCGGUGAACACAAUGGAGACCUCGCCGCUUCCGGUGACAGGGGAUCGCAGACGUCGAUAGACACAAUUGGAAACCUGAGCCUCAACAGCUUUCUCUCGCAAAAUGCGACGGACACGGCAACUGACAACUGCUCAAUUGCGAGCACCUUUACACAGAGGUCGAAGGCACCACCGCUCCCCCCGCCAAGGCUCUCUAGCGUGAGGACUCUAUCACCAAUACCUUCGCAGAAGGAGAGCUCGCCACCGGUUUCUGCUGGUGACAUAUCAGAAUCUGACUGCGAGGUUGGUGAACGACUCAGGAGAAAGACAUCCAUUGGCUCGUUUAGGUACCCUUCCAUAUGUGCUGUGUCUCCCGAACCCAGUGACGAGGACAGCUGUCGUCUUGACACGGAGAAGCGGGCGUCUGGCGAGAACUCUCCCUUGUCUGAGCCUAAUCUGUCCCACUCUGCAGGAGUAGCAAGCGAACUUUCAAAUACACCUUCUGUACCUGUAAAGGCCGCAGAAGCAAAACAACAUGCCAUAGCAGACGAAGAGGCAGACGAAUCCUCCUCAAGACUCAACAUGUACGGUGUGCAGUCUGUGCGCGAUGUGCCAUUUCUCAACACACUUGUCUCACAACCAAAUGCACCCCCCACUCCCCAACCACAACCUGUGCUGGGUUCAUUCUCAUCUGCUGAUGGCGACUACAUGCAAGGUGUGUUACCUUGCACUUCAAACAGAAGCGACCUUAAUGCAAGAACAUCAAGGUUGCCUCAGAGUAUUGAGCGAAAGCAAAGUCCGGUUCACGCCCCAGUCAAAGUGGCAAAUAACAAAGAUGCUUGUAAAAGCCCCCAAGCAAGAACCCCACCAGCACUGCAAAGUGGCAGCACGGCAACAAAAACUUCUGGCAGGAAGGAGCAGACAGGAGCCGCCAAAGCGUCUGCUAGUCCCCAGACUGCACAACCGCCUAAGCAAAAAACUCCAUCACCCACUUCCUCCCCGUUUUUCCUGAACAGACCAUCCUCACUUAUGAGCAAAACACGAUCACCAUUUCUCUCCUACCUGUCUAAAAACUCUUCUCCCCCAAGGACACCAACCACACCGAGCCCGCCGUCACCUGUCAAAUCAGCAGGUCGUGACAUGAAUGUAAAGCAGCUCAUGCUGAGUGGUACCAGCUGCAAGGUGCAAGAUGCCACCCACUCUUCUCCCGAGCCUUCCAGUCCUCAGAGCAGCCCUCAAACAAGUCCACAAACAACGCCCCCUGCUGUGCCCCCACCCCCACCUCCUCUCACCUACAGUAGUCGAGUGCUUGAACAAGGUUCCACAAGGCAGCCAAGCGCCAUCAGCGACUCAAACAACGACUUUGCACAGACACCUUCGUUCAGCAGGACUGGUGCAAGAGUGACUCUAGAUUCCGAAGGCAAAGUCAUUUACAGCUCUAAUUCACUGGGACGGCAUCGUGACGGCUACACGAUGACAUCAGGAAGUACUGGGUCGCCGGGAAAGUGCAUGACUUUACCUGCAUCGAUGCCUCCCACGCCUGGCUCUAACCAGCGUGCUUACGUUCGGCUGGACCCAAGCGGCAAGGUGGAGACCUACACAAGCAGCACGAUUCCUAGGACCCGGUACUCUGUGUCUGGCACACCUACGUCUCCUGACACGAGGCCACCACUCUUGCAGUACAGGGACGGAAUGUUUACAUUGAGCAAUCCUGCAAACAGCACUUCCACACCAAAUGCCAGGCCCCAGUUUUCUCCGCCGGGAAGGAGCACGCCACAGCCUGGUAUGCCGGGGUACGUUCAAAGCACCGCGUCUGGUAGGAGCACACCUCAGCCUGCAGUCACGGGUUUUCUCAGUAGUCAUUUGUCGGGGAGAACAACACCAGUUCAACGACCCGCAUCUAUUUCAACUCCGUAUUCAAACAGGCCAUCUGGUGCAAGUACACCCAUCUCCGAAAACGGCUCUUCAGGUCGUGUGACUCCUCUGCAUCACUUUUCGCCCAUCAGCGUUCCAGCGACAACUUCGCCCGGAAGAAGAACUCCGCUGCAGCCUUCCCCUAGGGAACCGAUUGGGACUAGGUGGGUGUCGGGGUUACCAGCAUCUCCACCGAAGUCCUCUCCUAGCCCUUCAAAUGCCGUGCAGCACAUGCCGCCUUCGCACAUCAUUCAGGCACCCGUGCCACGUUCUCAUCACAGUGGCAGGACCACCCCGGUGCAUCAGCACUUAUCACCCACAAAUACCCACAUUCCAAGCCACACUUCCUUCCCCGUAUCUCGCAGUCAUAAUGGCGUACCCAUUGCUUCCAGCCCGGUGUCCUCAUGGAACUCUGGUCAAGCCACACCGGUGUCUAGAAGCACUGCCAGGAGCCCAACGCCAGUCAUGCACUACCAAACCCACGGCCACCGAAUGGAGAACAGUGCCGCUUACGCUUCAGCGCCGAGGCUCAUGCCACCUCAGUCCUUUGAGCAUGGUCCACAUGAUGGGCAUCUCGUCAACGGGAGGAUGACUCCAGUUGAUAUGCGGCACCACAAUUCUGUGAACCAGUACAAUUUUACAGACAGGGUCAAUUCAGACAGGACAAUGCUUGAUCACCCAAAUGGAAGCGUACCGAGGAACCAGUACACUUCAUACAUACCGAGAGCUCCCUACCAGCCCAGCCAAUCACUAAUAAGGGGACCCCUUGGUCAGCAAGUUAGCAUGUCAGCAACUGCUAAGGGAGCUGACCCUAGAAGUUUGAUUACUAACCACGUGUCACAUACAGCAAAUGACAUUCGUGAGAAUCAUGGCUACAGUCAAGGUGGGCCCUUGUCUUAUGGUUAUCCUUCUACGACCCCUUCUCGGCAAUCACCAGUGCCAAGGAGUCCAAUGAGCUCGACGAGGCUGCUGGCACCUGAUCAUGGCAGGGUGGAAUACGGGCAGUCAGUUCAAAAUCAGGUUCCACCAGCCUCGUACGGCAUGGUUCCUCGAACUCCUCCGCAGCCAACUCACAACGUGCAGAAUUUGAGGGAACCACAUAGAAUUCCCGGAGCGGGCCACUUAGGAUCAAGAGAAGGUUACGAAAAUCAAAGACAGAUGCCAGGAAUGUACAUUCCAAACUUGGCGCAGAAUUCCUACCAAGGCAUCAACCAUGCUGGCAUGCCCAUACCAGGCACUAUCGAGUCGCCAUAUAGUUUACGAGAUCUCCGAAAAGAAGGUUCUCCGACAGCUUUGUCUUCCACGAGCCUUUCUAGUUCAGGGUCGGAAAAGUCUCCGGACAGCAGCAGUAGCACAUCAAUCACCCGUGAGCUGGCGCCACGGAAGCCUAUGUCUACCGAAGAUCUCUUUGCUGCCAUUCAUUCAUCCAAGAAAAAGCAUGGCAUCAGGACUGAUGCAGACCUGGCUCAAUCACCACUCUCAUCUAGAUCAAGUUCACCCCUGGUCGUGACCAGCCGCCCAAGCACGCCGAGCAGGGGCGGUGGAGGCCUUGCUGAGACAGGUUUCCUGAGCCCACGUGGCGCUCGCGACCGUCGCAGCUGGUCAGGUGACAUUGCCGCUGCUCGCGUCUGCAGUCCGUUGGAGCGGCGGUCACUCGCGAAUGACCGCCUGGGCCCCGCCAAACCGACGAGCUUACUUGACUUCAAGAAGCUUCUCCUGCAGACGAAGACAUCGAGCAGCCAGAACAACCUGGAAAGGAAGUCCGCCAUGGAACUUCUUCGGCCGGGCUCGGGCGGAAGAAAGGGGAGCGACGAGAAUGCAGUGCAGUCGCUCCCAACGUCGCCCGUCAACACUCCGAGCCCCGUAGAAAAUCCAAGCACCGGCGCCCAGGCGGCGUGGACCUCGACAGUGCCUUUGAAGCGGGGCGGCCGAUCGCGAUCAUCGCUCCAGCAUCGCUACGACCUCAUGUACCCACCCAUCUUGGAGGACUGUCAAGAAGAAGGGGGCGAAGGGAACAGAACGUCAGCGACAGCAGAUGGCAAGGGUGAUGGUGAUGCAGCCAUCAAGCCGGGUGUUCAAACGCAUUCCUCACCUUCGAGCACUUGGGUGUGAGUGGUGGUGUGCAGCGCGAUUAGAAUAGGAUAAACUGAUGUUACACUCGUGCAGGUGCUUUUAAGGUGUCUUUCUUUUAAAAACUGCCUCCCCCCCCCCCCCUGCUUUCGAACUGACAGUCCACUGUCUAUAUAUUACCGCCAAGGUUGUGAUUGUAAAGGGUUACAAGAGAGGCAAAAAAGAAAAGAAAAAUUAUUGGGACUAGUGCUGCCUUGAAACAAGGUGAUCACAUGUUAUAUCGUCUUGAAGAGAUAAAGGCAAGCUUUUAGUGAGCCCGUUUGCUGGGCUGCUCCACUUCUUUCAUGGCUUUUGCAUUUUCAUGUCUUGUCCUCGGCGGGCACACACUUCGUCCUGCAAGGUAGCUCUGAAAGAACUGCCAUAUUUAUCACUUUGCAGCAUUCUGAAGCAGCCUAAGGCUGCACUUUUAUGGAAUUUGUUAGACAUCUAAUAUUCAUUGCUCGUCCUUUAGUUUCUUUCAUGUUGCUUUUAGCGCCAAGCCCGGCUGGUUUUAUCUUCGAAUAUAGGUGGAGUACAAUCAGGUAUGUGUGUCCGUACAUUAGCCAAGAAGGUUGCUUUAGUUACAAGAACCAAUGUUACCCUGCCCUUCUUUUUCUUUUGUAGCCCUAAUGCCUGAAAAGGUGGCUGGCUUUGAGAAGUGCAAACACAUCUAUCGCAUUAUGCAUUGUUUUAGUUGGAUAUUAGUAGUUGCUGCGCACACAUGCGCAUAGAAUGUUUGAAUGCAUAGUAGUGUUCAUUUACAUGGCAAGUUUGAGUUCAUAUCAUUUUGUAGCAUGCAGUUCAUGCUGGUGUCAUAGUUUUUGUAUUUUACGUAAUGUUUUACGAAGAUUUUCAUCUUUAAGUGUUUUUUUUUAUAUAAAGUAUUACCUUUGUAUGGCGCACAGGGCUAGAGUGUGAACUACUUUUUACCUGUCAACAGGUGUAGUGCUGCAUUGACGGCAGGUAUUUCAUUGGCACAGUAGGCUUCUACAUAUUACCGCACAUUAUUGUCGGAAUCACGUGACAAUAUGCGCUAAUAGAAAAAUGUAUGAGAAAAACUGUGAAGUAUUUGCUGCAGAUGAGAGGUUCUCUGUUACGGACCAUGUUAUUAUAUCAGCUUCAUUGUUGGUACUAAAGGGGAUUAGUAUUAUCUUCACAGAAUUGAAAAAAAAAUUGCAUUUUAUGAACUGUUUCAUUUUAAUGCAUGGAGGCACAUAUGAGCUUUGCUUUCCUUAUGUUAACGGUUUUUUGCAGCAUUCUUUAGUUACAUGUUCAUGCUAAUGCUUCUGUUUAUCUGCAACAGAGCUGCAUAGCUAGGAACAUUGUGAAGCAAUUUAAUUGCAUGGAUGACUGCCCCCUCUAAGGCCUUAAAAACACUUGCUAGCCAUGCAGAAUUUUCCUAGCCUUGAACGAACUGUAUAUAUGAAGCCAAUUUUUAAACAUUUAUUUAUGCCUCACUGCGAUUAAAAGGGUUUUCCGGUGCUUGGUGUCAUGAAUAACUUCCUAUUUUUGUCGUAGGGCAGAUCAAUUUUUGAUGCAUUAAGUUUUUCUUCAAUUGUGGUCUAUUAGUAGUGAUGGAAUGAGGAUUCGAGAUGUAUACAAACUCCAUGCGCGAAUACCAGUGAAAUACUUGUGCGAUUACUUCUCUUGCACUCUUUACUUCAGAAAGUAUCUGUGGUACCUAUGCUGAUGAGUGAUUAUGUUUCAACCCUACUUGCGACUCGGUGAAUUAUUUUGUGCGUAUGGUGACUGCUUGUUUUUGUGCGUUUUAUGCAUUGUUUGAGUGCUGUUUCACAGUAGUUAUAGCAUGAUGCAGUACUUCCAGUAUUGAAAGGUCUCAUUGCCCAUGGUACCUAGAUGAGGUGUCCUUCAUUCAUUUUAACUAUACAUAUGUAAUUUUUCUUAUGGGAGUAGGUAACGCCUAAGGGGUUAAAGUGAUAGGGUUAUUGCCUAAAGUUAUGCCUAAGUUGUUCAAGACCUUUCUGGGAGUGUUGAGUGUAACUUUCUUCCUAGGUACUGUUCAUGGCAAGACUGUACAUUGCAUCAGCAGAAGCUUCAUGCAGAGAGAACAUAAAGCGAGUGAUGUUUCAACUGAUGCAGUCUGCAGUUAUGGCCAGGAAUAUAACUGAACCAGCCUUUCAUUUUUUAAUAUUCCCCACUGCUUCUGUAACUGUCAUUAGAGAAUUUUAGCUUGUCGGUGCACUUCUUGAGGCAUCACAGAAUGCCAGAGUUGCUGACAGUAAUAGCCACGCUGGCAGCAGCAUUUGUUAAGAUUUAUACAACUACAAUGCAUUAUAAAUGUUUGUGUGUCACACAAGCGUUCUAGUUGUACGGAAGUUGUACGACAAAUGGUACGCCACUCAUCAAAUGUUGAUGAUCAUGAGCAGGCAGGAAGAAUACGGUCGGUCACUGCAGCAAACGCACUGUGACCUUUCUGAUUAAACUGCAUUGUGCAAGAUGGUGCCCAUAGAGGGACUGCUCAUGUAACUUUGGGUUUUGUGGGAGAUAAUGCGCACAUCCGACAAGUUAACUUUGGGUUUUGUGGGAGAUAAUGCGUACAUCCGACAAGUUAAGCCUCUCUGGUGAGCCCCUUCACUUACGUUUAUCUUUCAUGGUGAUGUGCCAUACGCAGCGUCGUUUCACUUUCUUUCCCUCGGGGUUUUCGCCCACACACCAAGCAUGUACUGCACCUCAUCGUCACGCUGAACCUAGUGUCAGGAAACUAGGUGUGACAGUGUGACUUCAUUUAUCCUUUUCCCAGUAACCCACGGCUGGUUGCGUGGAUUUCUUUUUUUUUUUUUUUUCUUUUUCAAGCAGGGACAUAGGACCAUGUGUGAGUGUGAUUGUAAUCAUCACUUCAAACCUCUCGUGCACAAGAUGUGGUGUGCAUGUGUCACUGCAUGGAUCAUGAAGAAGAAAGCUAGCUGGGUUGAAAAAAAAAAAUUCCAGCAGACCUUUGCUCGCGAAUGCCUGACUGGAAGCCACUGCAUAGCUUUUUCUCUCCUUCGUCUGCAUUUGUUUGCACAAUGGAUCAUGGUUUCAAGGAUGCCAAUGUCUUUUGGUGCUUAGAACUCUGGUUUACGUUACCUACUGCAGGCAUAACUUGGUGACCCUUGCGGUGAAGACUGUGUGACACUAUUUUUUCAGUUUGGCUGAUGUAUAAACUGGUUUAGGUUUCGGCACAACAAAUAUACCAUAAAAAUUGUUAAGUCACUGUAUGACAAAUGCUUAGUUUUAAUAAUUAGGCUUGCAUAUCUCCUGUUAUGAUGCACUACCCUAGUAAUGGGAGUUGAAGCCAGCAGCAAUCAUCAGAUUAAGUAGUGAUCAUUGGUCUUUUGCCUAUGGAAGCAAGGUGACCACUUCUAUCGAUUUCUUGUGCAGAGUUGUAAUAUCAAAAAUGACGCGAGCAUUUGAAAGAUAGGAAGGUGAGUUUAGGUUGCGAAAAUGUAAUGAGUUGCAAGUUUCGACUUCUUGACCAUAACAGCUUUGCAUAUUGUGUCUCACUUAGUUGCGGCAUUCAAAUUUUUUUGCUUGCUUGACACAUUUAAGGUCGUAACACGAGUUACAGACCUCUCUGCUGACAGGGUCACCAAGGUUACGUCUGCACAUGCGCUGAUGGUGUAGGGUAGCCCUGUGCAUUUUCUAGUCUCGCUUAUGUCCUUUAAGCUUGCGCACCUGCCGUAUGUCUAGACUCUUUGUCGGAAAGUUUCUACCCAGUGUGCCUUAGGAACACCUUCUGCUUCGGGAAUAGCACGUGUACGAAUGUUUCAGAAGCGACUCUUUAUUCUUGUUGAAUGUUCUUCCCGGUUCUUUGCAAGCGACGGUUUCUCAGUACCUUUAAACGUGAAGCGUGGAACACAAGGCCGAUGGAAAGAAAAUGCUAAACGAACACACGAAACGUUCACGGACGUGAAGCAGAUGCACUGUUUAGAAGCACAAAAUGGGCACGGUCUUUACUAACUCGAUAUCGACAUACGAAGCGUUUACAGACAUGAAACAGACUAUGAGUGCUUACAAAUGCAAUACAAACUCGUAGCAUCCACAGACACGAGUGCUGCGAUCGUCCAUUUUCUUUCUGUUAGUCCUGUGUUUCUUGCGCGUCAUGCAUAAGAAUGUUGCUUCACUUACUAGUAGCUUGGAAUCAGACUUUGGUUUGGUAGUAGCCACAUUUUACUGGGGCAGUUACAGGGGUAAGUGGGAAAAGCUGCGAAAGACUCGCAGGACUGAUCCUGUGGUAGGGAUCACCGUGAGCCCGCAAAAGUGUACAUGAAUACAAACUUAUUUUUAUUACACAUCCAGGGUCUCGCUCUUCUCUCGGGUGACAUUGAAUGUUGUAUGUAUAAUGUUAGAAGCAGUUGCUGUCUUCAGCCAUGUGCGAAUUGAUGUUUGACGAGGCAGCUGCAUCAAAGGCGAUGUCAGCUAUGUCCUUAGAAUCACUUUUAAUCAGCAUUAAAGAGCAUUUCAUACAUA